CGCAUCGGGCAUUUCCAGAAGCUGAUCUUCUCCUGGGGCGUUCGGACUGCAGACGCUGCCACCAUGCUGAUGCCCCUUGGCUUUUUGCAGGCUGCCCUGCUGCUCCUGUGUGAUGCAGUCUUGCUCUCCUUUCUAGAUGUGGGGCAGCCCUCCUUGACUCUCCUGGGGGUCCCCGGCGCUUGGCUGGAGGCAACUGUGCGCCUGCUGGCUCUCUGGGGAGCCCAGGGACUGCUCUCCCUGUUUUGGCCGUCCCGGAUUCCCCCUGCGGUCCUGGCCACUGUGUGUUUUCUUCCCCCCUUUUACCUCUCAGUGGGGCACUUGAUGGGAGAUCCCCCUCUUCUGCUCUCUGCAGCCCCUCGGUCCUGGUUGCUGCUGGGGUAUGGGGCAGUGGGACUGUCUCACUUCACCUGGGAGGUUCUGGGGCAAGAGGGCAGCACCGAGGGAGCAAAGCAAGCGGACAAGUCCACCCUCUGGAAGUUGGUGAAGCUCUUCCGGAUGGAUGUACCGUAUAUCACUGGUGCAUUUGUGUUCCUCACCAUGGCAGUGGUUGGUGAAACAUUAAUCCCCUAUUACACAGGACGCUUGAUUGACAUCUUGGGUGCCAAAUAUGACUCAGAUGCCUUCUUCAUGGCCAUCAUUCUUUUGUGUAUGGUGUCACUUGGGAGCUCCGUCUCUGCUGGAUGCCGCGGGGGCCUCUUCACCUUCACCAUCUCCCGAGUGAUCAUCCGGAUUCGCGGCCUGCUCUUCUCUUCCUUGGUGCGCCAGGACCUGGCCUUCUUCCAAGAAGUGAAGACAGGAGACCUGACCUCCCGCCUCGCCAAGGACACGACCAUGAUGAGCCGCUCCAUCCCGCUCAACGCCAACGUCUUCCUGCGCAGCCUGAUCAAGAUGGUCGGGCUGUACGCGUUCAUGCUGGGCCUGUCGUGGCGCCUGACGCUGCUGACGCUCGUCGAGACGCCCAUCAUGCUGGCCACCCAGAAGCUCUACGACACCCGUCACCAGGCUUUGCUGCUGAAGAUCCAGGACUCCAUUGCACGCUCUGGGGAGGUGGUGCGUGAAACAGUCUCCUCCAUCAAGACAGUGCGCAGCUUUGCCACCGAGGAGGAGGAGUCCAAGCGGUAUGAUGCGGCAUUGUCAGAGACCCACCGACUCAAGAACCAGAGAGAUUGGGAGAGAGCCGUUUACUUGCUCUUCCGACGGAUCCUUGGGCUGGGCCUUAAGUUAAUCAUGCUUUUCUGCGGGUACCAGCAGAUCCUCACUGGCCUCGUGACCAAAGGAAACUUGGUCUCCUUCAUCCUCUACCAGAUGGAAGUAGGGGUAUAUGUACAGACCCUGAUGUACAUUUACGGAGAUGCGCUCAGCAAUGUGGGAGCUGCAGAAAAAGUGUUUGACUACAUGAGCCGGGAGCCUUCGGUUCGCACCGAGGGGACACUGGCGCCGGAACGUCUCCGGGGCCACGUCUCGUUCAGAAAUGUUUCCUUCUGUUAUCCUUCCCGGCCUGAAAUCCAGGUGUUAAAGAACGUCUCCUUUGAGCUCCGGCCCGGGGAGGUGACGGCGCUGGUGGGUCUGAACGGCAGCGGCAAGAGCACCUGCGUGGCCCUCCUGGAGCGGUUCUUCGAGCCCCAAUCCGGGGAGAUCCUGCUGGAUGGGGUCCCGAUCCAGAACUACGAGCACAAAUACCUCCACAGACAGGUGGCGCUGGUGGGCCAGGAGCCCGUCCUUUUCUCCGGAUCCAUUUGGGACAAUAUUGCCUAUGGGGUGCAGGACUGCAGCAAAGACGACGCGGCUGUUGCGGCAGAAGAAGCCAACGCCUUGGGCUUCAUCCGUGAGCUGGAAGGCGGCUUCAGCGCAGAUGUGGGGGAAAAGGGAGGCCAGCUGUCCGCCGGGCAGAAGCAGCGCCUGGCCAUUGCCCGGGCCCUGAUCCGCAACCCGAAGGUCUUGGUGCUGGAUGAAGCCACGAGCGCCCUGGAUGUGGAGAGUGAAGCUGCGAUCCAGCAGUCGGUGCUGAAGCGUCAGGCCCGGGCGGUGCUGGUGAUCGCUCAUCGCAUGCAGACGGUGGAGAACGCGCAAAAGAUCGUGGUGCUGGAAGCCGGGAAGGUUGUCGAAGAGGGGACUCACGACGUGCUGAUGGACCGAAAGGGCCCCUAUUACAGGCUGGUGCAAAGGAACCAGCUGGAGUGACGUGUGCGGAAGUGGGGACGUUGUUUAGCUUAAGAACUGGAUGCCAAAUUCAGGUUUGGCAACUUGGGUGGAUAUAGGACCUGCUUCGUGGGGAGAGGGAGGGAAGGAGAGACCGAAAGGGAGAGAGUGGAUUGUACAGCACUAACUUAAUAAGAACUAUACAGUUGUGAAAUAGUAGUCAUUUGUGGGUACUGGUAGCAAGUUUGUAACAUUUGAAGGAUGGCAGGAAGGUGUACAUUUUAGCUUUAAAAAAAACUGAAGAAAAGAAUAUCUGAAAGCCUGAUUUCCAAUGAAUUAACUUCAUUUGAGCAUAGUUCCUGUGAAGAACUUAAACUGUAUCUUUUAAAAUAUGCCCUCCAAAAAUUCAUUUUGGAAGGCUAAAAGUCUUUAUUUUAAGCAUCCUCCUGCUUAGAUGAAUAUGCAUUUAGUCACAUCUCUUUCCCUGUGUGAAUUUGGAGCCUGAAUACUUUGUUCUCCUACAGGGUUAUGUAAAUAUUAAGUAGGAGGAAUUAAGGUAUUACGGACCUACUACUUAAUGCCUCCUGCUCUUGACUGACCAGGCUUGUGAUGACAGGAAGUGACAUUUUGUAAAAUAAAACGACGUUUUGUAAAAUAAAGUAAAAG